AUGCGACUUUAUCGAUAUGCUACAACUCAAGCGACAACCAGCAGAAAUUCUCUUUUGAGAGAUGUGAUUGCUGCUUAUCAAAGAUUCUGUUCUCAGCCUCCAAAAGGAUUCGAAAAGUACUUUCCUAAUGGAAAAAAUGGAAAAAAAGCUGAUGAACCUAAAGAAGUUCUGGGAGAGAAAAAAGAAUCAAAACCAGAUGCUACCCCGCGCUCUUCCGGAGGAGGAGGAGUUGGUGGUGGUGGAAAACGAGGUGGCAAGAAAGAUGAUUCUCACUGGUGGUCCAGGUUCCAGAAGGGUGACUUUCCAUGGGACGACAAGCACUUCAGGAUGUACUUUUUCUGGACUUCUCUGUUUUGGGGUGGAGUCAUGCUUUACUUCCUGUUCAAGAGCUCCGGGAGAGAAAUUACUUGGAAGGACUUUGUCAAUAACUAUCUUUCCAAAGGAGUAGUCGACAGACUAGAAGUCGUCAACAAGCGUUUUGUUCGAGUGACUUUUAUCCCAGGAAAAACUCCGGUUGAUGGGCAACACGUCUGGUUUAAUAUUGGCAGUGUAGACACCUUUGAGCGGAAUCUGGAAACUUUACAGCAAGAACUGGGCAUAGAAGGGGAAAGUCGGGUACCUGUUGUCUACAUUGCUGAAAGUGAUGGUUCAUUUCUGCUGAGCAUGUUGCCCACGGUGCUCAUCAUCGCGUUCCUGCUGUACACCGUGAGACGAGGACCUGCUGGUAUUGGUCGAACAGGCCGGGGGAUGGGUGGACUCUUCAGUGUUGGAGAAACCACUGCCAAGGUCUUAAAGGAUGAGAUAGAUGUGAAGUUCAAAGAUGUGGCUGGCUGUGAGGAGGCCAAGCUAGAGAUCAUGGAAUUUGUGAAUUUCUUGAAAAACCCAAAGCAGUAUCAAGACCUAGGAGCAAAAAUCCCAAAGGGUGCCAUUCUCACUGGUCCUCCAGGCACUGGGAAGACACUGCUAGCUAAGGCCACAGCUGGAGAAGCCAACGUCCCCUUCAUCACUGUUAGUGGAUCUGAGUUCUUGGAGAUGUUUGUUGGUGUGGGUCCAGCUCGAGUUCGGGACUUGUUUGCCCUUGCCCGAAAGAAUGCGCCUUGCAUCCUCUUCAUUGAUGAGAUCGACGCGGUGGGAAGGAAGCGUGGGAGGGGCAACUUCGGAGGCCAGAGUGAGCAGGAGAACACGCUCAACCAGCUGCUCGUGGAGAUGGACGGCUUUAACACAACAACAAAUGUUGUCAUUCUGGCAGGCACCAAUCGACCAGAUAUCCUAGACCCUGCACUGAUGAGGCCAGGGCGUUUUGACAGGCAAAUCUUUAUUGGACCACCAGACAUAAAAGGAAGAGCCUCUAUAUUCAAAGUUCACCUCAGACCCCUAAAGCUGGACAGUGCCCUGGAAAGAGAGAAACUGGCCAGAAAACUUGCAUCCUUAACUCCAGGGUUUUCAGGAGCUGAUGUUGCUAAUGUCUGCAAUGAAGCUGCUUUGAUUGCUGCAAGACACCUUUCAGAUUCCAUAAAUCAGAAACACUUUGAGCAAGCAAUUGAACGAGUGAUUGGUGGCUUAGAGAAGAAAACUCAGGUUCUGCAGCCCGAGGAGAAGAAGACUGUGGCGUACCACGAAGCAGGCCAUGCGGUUGCUGGCUGGUAUCUGGAACACGCAGACCCACUCUUAAAGGUGUCCAUCAUCCCACGUGGCAAAGGAUUAGGUUAUGCUCAGUAUUUACCAAAAGAACAAUACUUGUAUACCAAAGAGCAGCUCUUGGAUAGGAUGUGUAUGACUUUAGGUGGUCGAGUCUCAGAAGAAAUCUUCUUUGGAAGAAUCACAACUGGUGCUCAAGAUGACUUGAGAAAAGUAACUCAGAGUGCAUACGCCCAAAUUGUGCAGUUUGGAAUGAAUGAAAAGGUUGGUCAAAUCUCCUUUGACCUCCCACGUCAGGGGGACAUGGUGUUGGAGAAACCUUAUAGUGAAGCCACCGCAAGACUGAUAGAUGACGAAGUACGAAUCCUUAUUAAUGAUGCCUAUAAAAGAACAGUGGCUCUUCUCACAGAGAGGAAAGCUGACGUGGAGAAGGUGGCUCUUCUCUUGUUAGAAAAAGAAGUAUUAGAUAAGAAUGAUAUGGUUGAACUUCUGGGCCCCAGACCAUUUGCAGAAAAAUCUACUUAUGAAGAGUUUGUGGAAGGCACUGGCAGCUUGGACGAGGACACCUCACUUCCAGAGGGUCUUAAGGACUGGAACAAAGAACGGGAAAAGGAGAAAGAGGAGCCUCCAGUUGAGAAGGUUGCCAGCCACAUCCAAGGAGGGAGGCCGUUUUAGUUUGUCCUCUGUGGUUUCAGUUUGCGCGCUGUUUCAGAGGAAUGAGAGCUCACUAAGUUGAUUUUAGCCAGCUAGUGACCCAGCUGAAAUGGUGGGGAGAGGAGUCCUUAAUCCUCAGCCUCAGCAGUUACAGUGGUGGUGGCAGGGUGACUCUCUGAAGGUCCUAAGGGGGACUUGCACUGUCCCACAGCCUGGUUGGACUGUCGGACAGCAGCUGGAACAGUCGAGUCCAGCACUGCUGGAGGCUGGUCCCUGUGGCACCGUCAGCAAAACCCAGGCCGAGUGAGUGGCCGGGCUCAUCCGCCUGUGGAAUCCUCACGUUGUGGGGGAAGGAUAUUUCUCUUUUCAUCUCCUGCUCUUCAUUCCUGUUUCUCGUCAGCUUCCCUCUGCAGGUGCGCUGGGAAAUUAAAUUGGAGUCCUAAUAAGAAUAUUUUGACUCAGUAUCUUAAAGAUUGAAUUCAGAUCAUUUGUUGCUGUUUUAAUGGAAUGGUUUUCUAUAGAGAGCGGUAACAUAUUUAAAAUAUGAAUGUAUUGUGUAAAUAUGGCUUCUUUACAUUAAAAAUAAAAUGUGAACACUGUACUUUGAACACACAAAGGGUCGAUUUUAUGCUCCAGAUACUUUUAGAAAACAUAAUGGCAAGAAAUUAAAUGUUUUUAGAAGCAUCCUU